CGAAUUGAUAAAAUGUAAGGAUGCAACCCAAUUAAAUCACAAUUUGAGUGCCUAAUGGGUAAUUGAUACAAAGUUGAGGGAUUCAUUUUAGAUUUCUAAUUAAAACCCCAUUCCUCUUCGGCAUCGGACAUCGCCAUAUUCCCCUCCCUUAUAAAUCCGGCGGCAGUCUGUAAACACGUCGGAAGUUUUGGGGGCAUUCAUUGAUAUUUGAUAAACAGACAAACAAGGAUGUCGGCUUCACCGGAAUCCGUACCUAAAGUCAUCGUCCGUUACACAGCCAGAUGCAAUUUCACGGCGGACGAGGAUGCAAUUUCCUUUUUGAAAGCAGCAGCAGCCCCCAUCCCCGCCGCCGCCUUAUCUCCUCCUCCAGCCACCCCAUCCUCCUCCUCCUCACCAGUUGCGUUCGAAGUGCAGAGCCUCCUGAAAUUAAUCUUUCCGGGAGACGAUACAACUAUGAGGGAGUUCCUGGAGGGGACGGAUUGGCGGGAGAAAAGGGAGUCCACCAUUGAGCUUCCUUGGUCUACAGACGGACUACCUCCGUCGGGACACUCCUCCCAUCUCACAUCAUGGGUCCUUACCUCCGGAGAUUGUGGAGACAAUGAGGCAACGUGGGAAGAGGAAGAAAAGGAGCCAAAGGGGGAAGAGGAAGAAAAAGAGGCAAAGGUGGAAGAGGAAGAAAAGGAGGCAACGGUGGAAGAGGAAGAAAAGGAGGCAACGGUGGAAGAGGAAGAAAAGGAGCCAAAUGGGGAAGAGGAAGAAAAAGAGGCAACGGUGGAAGAGGAAGAAAAGGAGGCAAAGGUGGAAGAGGAAGAAAAGGAGCCAAAGGGGGAAGAGGAGGAGUGGACUUGCCCUAUCUGCUUGGAAAUAUGCGAACCAGACGGGACAUGGAAACAAGAGAUGCCUUGCUGCCCUCAAGACAUGGAAACAAGAGAUAUCUUGACCACGUCGACAGGAUGAUUUCGUGACAAGUCUCCCACAUCGAUUUCUCUCCCCUUCGGCAAUACCACAAACCACUCUUAUAAGCUCACACAUUCUCAGAUUCUCUAGAUAUAUUUUUAUCUUCCCCUCAAGAGUCAUAUGUCUCUCUUCCUAGGAGACUCUUUUUAUAGGGAGGGAAGAAAGGUCUAGAAGGUGG